GAAACAUCUGCAUAAACGAACGGAGGGUGCAUGGUACACUGAACUGGUACAGUAUAUAUUCAGCGACCAUACAGCCGAAAGAGUUCAGCUAACCGACAAACCCAACGGCCCAGGAAAUAAUUGGCUGCAGUAAAAACAGCAGCAGCUUCCAGCCUCUUCCGUCGGAUCUGUGUCAGGGACAUCGCGUACAACCGAGAAGGCGUUUAAAGGGUUGAGCAUAAUGAGAGAAAUUGUCCAUAUCCAAGCUGGCCAGUGUGGCAAUCAGAUCGGCUCCAAGUUUUGGGAGGUGAUAUCUGAUGAGCACGGAAUUGACCCUACCGGGGUGUAUCAUGGGGACAACGACAUACAGCUGGAGAGAAUCAAUGUCUACUUUAAUGAAGCCACGGGGGGAAAGUAUGUACCAAGAGCGGUUUUGUUGGACUUGGAGCCCGGAACCAUGGAUUCAGUGCGGUCCGGACCUUUUGGCACGUUGUUCCGACCAGACAACUUUGUCUUCGGCCAAUCUGGAGCGGGGAACAACUGGGCCAAAGGUCAUUACACCGAAGGGGCUGAACUAGUCGACACAGUACUAGAUGUUGUCAGGAAAGAGAGUGAAAACUGUGACUGUCUGCAAGGUUUCCAGCUGACCCAUUCCUUAGGCGGGGGUACAGGGUCUGGCAUGGGCACACUGUUGAUCAGUAAGAUCCGAGAAGAAUACCCAGACAGGAUCAUGACAACAUUCUCAGUCAUGCCAUCUCCCAAGGUAUCUGAUACAGUGGUUGAGCCUUAUAAUGCUACCCUGUCUGUACAUCAACUCGUUGAGAACACUGAUGAGACGUUCUGCAUUGACAACGAGGCCCUGUACGACAUCUGCUUUCGCACGCUCAAGUUGACUACUCCGACCUACGGAGACUUGAACCAUCUGGUCUCGGCUACAAUGUCCGGUGUGACCACCUGUCUGCGAUUCCCCGGCCAACUCAACGCUGACCUUCGUAAACUGGCUGUCAACAUGGUACCCUUCCCCCGUCUCCACUUUUUCAUGCCCGGAUUUGCCCCUCUCACCUCACGUGGAAGCCAGCAGUACCGAGCCCUAACGGUGCCAGAACUCACCCAGCAGAUGUUCGAUUCCAAAAACAUGAUGGCUGCCUGCGAUCCUCGCCACGGCCGUUACCUGACUGUGGCAGCCAUGUUUCGUGGUCGUAUGUCCAUGAAAGAAGUCGACGAGCAGAUGCUAAACGUACAGAACAAGAACAGCAGCUACUUUGUCGAAUGGAUUCCCAACAACGUCAAGACGGCUGUGUGCGAUGUACCACCAAGAGGAUUGAAAAUGUCUGCAACUUUUGUAGGAAACAGCACGGCAAUCCAAGAGCUGUUCAAGAGAAUCUCAGAGCAAUUCACAGCCAUGUUCCGUCGUAAGGCUUUCCUCCAUUGGUACACUGGCGAAGGUAUGGACGAGAUGGAGUUUACUGAGGCCGAAUCCAACAUGAACGACUUGGUGUCUGAGUACCAACAGUACCAAGACGCCACGGCUGACGACGAAUAUGACGAUGAGGAGGCAGAAGAAGGCGAGGAAACUGUGUAGACGUCGUGUGAUGGUAUCAUCCUGAAACUCUAUCAUUCUGCUUUACUGGUCAAUAUCGUAGGCUAUAUAACAUUUGUGACUCGUUACAAACCUAUUUUCGGGUAUAGAGAUGAACUGUAUUUGUCCAUCUCUCGCACUUGUUUUCCAUGCCCGAAAAAAUUUAAUUAUCUAUGACUUGCCUUAUACGUCUUUGCCUAAACGUCAAAUAGAUGUCAGAUGAUAUAAUAUAAAGAUUUUCAAAUGGAGAACAGAAAAAAUUGAAAGAAAUUCUAUUCAAGAAGAAGGUAGGCGUCGAUAUAUUUUCUUUUGCAAUGAUGUUAAUAUUUGCAAGACUGUUUGCUAGAUACUUAGUUGACAAGGAGUUUUCUCACAAAGAGAUAGCCUUUAUAUCGAGGCCAGGAUAGCGUGUCUAAUUUUCUAAAUCCAACAAGGCUUUUCAACUGGACAGUCGUAAUGAAAAGGAACAGUGCUUUAAUCAUUGUCAGAAAUGGCGCUCUCUAGUUGGAAAUUAGGUACGAAAACAGGCUUUAAAUAUAUAAAGAUAUACAUAUAUGCGAUUCAAACAGUUAUUGUGGAGAAUUUUUGUCUUCCAUCUUCAUAUACAUGUACGUGUAGUCUUGCUUUGGAAUUUAUAAAUUUUGUCUCUUGUGGUGCUUGCAACAAUCUUAAGAUAUAUAUUACAUUAUGUAUACAUGGUAUGGCGGUAACGUGGUACAAAGAAAUAAAGCAAGGCUCAAAAUUCAAUAAAUGUUAAAA